AUACACUAGACGUUACAAUUUCAAAGUGAUGCACAACCAGUCUGAGUCUGACUGUUUGAUGAAUGAAGAAGGAACAACAUGACUUCUCAAUCUCAGGAAGUAGGCGAUUUAGAAAUCAUAGUUUCACAUGGGCCAGAUAAACAUUGUGUGAGUCUCCCUGGUGCGGCUACUGUGGGUGAUCUGUCUUUGAAACUGGAAGAGUUGACAGCAGUUCCUGUGGGUGGUCAGAAGAUCAUUAAUAGAGGUAAAACUCUUAUGAAUCAUGAUCUGAAUGUGACAGAAGCCGGUAUCAGGAAUGGAAGUAAACUCAUGCUCAUCGGUAAGAAGUUCAAUCCAGAGGAGGAUGAGAACUACAAGCAGAUUGUUGAGGCGAAGAAAAAGAUUGAUUCUUUAGCAAAGAAACAGAGCGGAAUAUCAGAAGAACUAUCCGGUGUAGAAAAAGGUUAUCUGCACAAGGAAUUAGAAAGUAAUUCUUUGUCUAGCCUGGGGAAGAGACUAGCGGCAUGUCAUGAGGAGUAUGUAAGACUUCUAGAGAAGCUAGAUGCACUGGACCUAGGAGUGUGCAAUCAAUCCAUACGUAUGAAGAGGAGGAGUGUUAUCAAAGAGAUCCAGAGCCAGCUAGACACUAAUGAUUCCAUAAGUACUACCAUAGACAAACUACAAAACACUAGUGACAGCUGAUGGAUUGUGACAUAACUCAUUCUAGUAUUAGCUCUACAAACUACAAGACUUAUGAAGUGAACUUGUCUCAAGGAGGUUAUAAUCAUGUGAUCGUGUUACCAAGUGAUAUUAUUUGAUCAAUCAAGAUGCAAGGAUUUCACAGAGAGUUUUGGUCAUGUGACAACCUGACAAUCUCUAAGUUAGACUUAACAAUUAUGGAAAGCUGUUAGCAUCCUUGAAAAUAUUUGUGUAAAAGUUAUUUUAAA